AUGUAUAACCUGAAAACUAUUUUUCUUGUCAUCAUUUUUCUAGUCUCAUCAGCUGAAGCAGGAACGGCUACAUACAAUGUGACAAGUUUUGGAGCCAAAGGAAAUGGCUACACGGAUUGCACGAAGGCCUUUCUCGGUGCUUGGUCUGCUGCAUGUUCCACAACCAAGUCAGCCACAAUAUACGUGCCCACGGGGAACUACUUAAUAGCAACUCCCAUUACUUUUGCUGGUGAAAGAUGCUAUAGUAGUGCCAUCACGAUACGCAUUUAUGGCACCCUUGUUGCUCCUUCUAACUAUGACGCCAUUGCCAGCUCUGGUGACUGGAUCAGAUUUCAUAGAGUGAACCAUGUUACCAUUUCUGGCGGUACGCUUGAUGCCAGAGGGGGUUCUCUUUGGUCCUGCAAAACCUCCCACAAAAGCUGUCCGGAAGGAGCCACGACUCUAGGAAUAUACAAUUCGAAGAACAUAGUGAUAAGCGGGUUGAAGUCGGUAAACAGCCAGAAGUUCCACAUUCUGUUAGACGCAUGCACGACAGUCAAAUUACAGGGAGUAAGUAUAUCAGCAGCUAGUGUUAGUCCUAACACAGAUGGAAUUCACUUAAUGGCGUCGACUGAUGUCACCAUAUCGAGUACUAAAGUUGCAACAGGGGAUGAUUGUAUCUCUAUAGGUCCUGGUAACAGUAAUCUCUGGAUAGAAAAGGUGGCUUGUGGUCCAGGUCAUGGUAUCAGCAUUGGGAGUCUAGGAUGGGAAUUAGAUGAACCAGGUGUCAAAAACGUAACAGUGACAACAGCAACUUUUCGAGGAACUCAGAAUGGUGUGAGAAUAAAGACAUGGGCAAGGGCUAGCCAUGGAUUUGUAACUGGUGUUCUUUUCCAGCAUCUGACCAUGGUCAACGUUCAAAAUCCGAUUAUCAUUGAACAAAGGUACUGCCCGAAUAACAAUAACUGCCCCAAUCAGGUGUCAGGAAUAAAGAUCAGUAACGUAGUGUAUCAGGAUAUCCACGGAACAUCAGCCAGUCAAGUUGCAGUGAAACUGGAUUGUAGCCAGGGGAACCCAUGCAGUGCAAUAAGACUACAAGAUGUAAACCUAAACUACAUUCGUGGCAAUGGUGAUCAACAAGUGAUGUCAUCAUGUGCCUAUGCUGCCGGGACUGCAUCUGGCAUACAACAUCCAACGGGCUGUCUCUAA